UGAGCUACUCAACGUAUUGUUCCGCAGAUGUGGGAAGCCCGACUGCAGCGUAAGGGCGAAGGCAUGGAGCCGUAACGGACUGAUAAAAUGACUAUUACGUCGCCUUGAGGGCUUUUUCUUGUUAAAUUAUUCACCUCAACAUUAGGGGAAAACCUAUCGCCAUGGCAACCAGCGCGGUGCCAAGCGACAACCUGCCAACGUACAAGCUGGUGGUGGUGGGAGACGGAGGUGUCGGCAAAAGCGCGCUCACCAUCCAGUUUUUCCAGAAAAUUUUUGUGCCGGACUACGAUCCCACUAUAGAGGACUCGUACCUUAAACACACAGAGAUUGACGGACAGUGGGCCAUACUGGACGUGCUGGACACAGCCGGUCAGGAGGAGUUCAGCGCCAUGAGGGAGCAGUACAUGAGGACAGGAGACGGGUUCCUCAUUGUCUUCUCCGUGACGGACAAGGCCAGCUUUGAACAUGUUGACCGCUUUCAUCAGUUGAUACUACGGGUCAAAGACAGGGAAGCAUUUCCUAUGGUGCUAGUGGCAAACAAGGUGGACUUGGUCCAUUUGAGAAAGAUCACCACCGACCAGGGCCAAGAGAUGGCUGCAAAACAUAAUAUAACGUACAUCGAAACCAGUGCCAAGGAUCCUCCAAUGAAUGUGGACAAGGCCUUCCACGAGUUGGUCCGUGUUAUUAGGCAACAAGUCCCCGAGCGAAACCAGAAGAAGAAGAAGAAGAUGAAAUGGAGGGCGGAACGUUCCACGGGUUCCCACAGGUUCCGCUGUGUCAUAUUGUGACCUUCUUAAUCCUCCAAAAUCAUUCCCAAAUACACUUACAAACACAUUUGGUUGUCAGGCAGCUCCCCAGUAGCUCAUGACUAUUGGAGCACAAAAAAAGAGACUUUUGCCACCAUUUUCUCAUGAAAAAUUCUGGAAUACUCACGUAUUCCAUGGUGCGGCACAAAGAAGCAGACAAUGGGGGUGGAAUGAAGAUGACCCACAAUAAUGUGGGCAAAAAAAAAAGGGAAAAGUACGUUUGUGUUUCACGGACUAUUUCUACUAAGCGAAUCCACAAUUUUGGUGGUUUAGUGUUUUUUUUCUCUGUCAAGUGGACGUGACACUGGGAAGUUUUUGAAUUUGGUGAAACGUUAACAAAUGAUUGUUUUGUGACGUUGUUCGGAAUGACGGAAGGACGAGUGAAGGCGAUCUAUUUAGUGGCCGAUAACUUAAAUAUCAUUGUAAAUGGAAAGUUGGUCAAGUGUGUGUUCAUGCCAGCGACUCGUUUGGGAAUAUUUUCACAAAAGGGAAAGCAACAGGUUAUCAGUGCAAAGAAAAAUGUGAAAUUGUGAUGGGGAAACAGUUUUGUUAUCAGAAUAAAGUACCGGUAGUAGUAAGGGAGAGGAAGUGAUGUAAGAAGAACCACGUAAAAUGCCUCAUAAUAGAUGCUUUUUAUGCCAAAUCUUAUUUUUUCCAGUUUUUUAAAUAAUUUCUUUAAAGACUUAAGCAGUAAGUUCACUAUAUUUAAAUUUUACUUUGUGAAAUCAACUUUUUUUUUUUUUAGAAAAUUCCACGACAAUAAGUACAUUAUCAGCGUUUUUUCUUCUUCUUAAACUUACGCAUAGAGUUCACUAUCAGUUGACGGGACACGGGGCCGAUCCGUAAGGAAGGGGCCCAUUUUAAAAAAACUUAAAAAUCAAAUAUUUUCACAACCAAAGGCACUAGUGACCUAAAACCAAACAGGCACCUUCCUUAGGCAAAUAUGAGUCUCCAUGAGCAGCGGCGUUAAAAAAUUCAAAGUCGUUCCAUAAAAUAAUCCUGAUUACCAUAAUUUUCGGACUAUAAACCGCUACUUUUCCCCCCUCCUUUUUAGUCCUGCAGUUUAUAGUUCAGUGCGGCAUAUUUGUUGACUUAUUUGGGUUUAAUAGGUAACACUUUAUUUGACGGCGAUGUCAUAAGACUGCCAUAAGACAUGGCUCAUGGCAGUGUCGUGUUACCAAAUACCAUCACUGGCAAUUAUUGAAACAACUGGAACAGUAACUGAAUAAAUUAUUAGAACAGAACAAUUUUCAUUGUUAUUUUCAUCUGUAGCGCUGCAAUGCAUGCUAGAGGGCAUUCUGGAUGACAAUGGUGCUGACAGCAGGUGGCAGCAGAGGUUGACCGUCUCAGUGAUGGCCAAAUGAAGCUUCCUGAAGCAAUGAAGCUUUGCAGCCAAAUGGUUCAAAGCUUCAUGGUGGUUCAUUUGGUCUUAGUCUAAUGAUGCCGCUGUCAAAUCAAAUUUUACCGGUUAAUAUAUUUUUGUGUAAAUAUCCUAUUAUACAGUGAGGGCAACUGCGGCUUCUCGUGCCAUUUUCGUGUCAAAUUUGGUGGGUGGCAGCUUAUAGUCAGGUGCGCUUUGUCGUCAGAAAAUUACGGUAAUUAUUUUUUAUAUAAGUAUGACAAAACAAAAUGGCUAUAAAAUUCUCCGGUUAUACACUAGAUGCACAAAAAUCACCAAAUACAGAGAUAAUCACCUAUAUUUUCAGGAUCAAUAGCAAUACUUCAAUCAUAUAAGUUUUUGAGUAGGGGUGCACGAUAUCCAUUUUUUGAAACCGAUACCGAUAUCUAUACGAUAACCGAUAAUAUAUAUAUAUAUAUAUAUAUAUAAUUUUUAAAUUUAUAACCUGAGUUUUUGAACACCUCUAGCUAAAAAAUAAAAGUGGUGGAUUCGGCAUAGAUUUGCAUUUGACCUAACCAGAAUUUUCAUGAUGACAUGAACAUUAUUCUAAAGAACAAAACAAAGACAAGAAGUUUUGACUUCAAAUAAAGUGCCCAUAUUUAUUUUUCCAAGGAAAUAUAAUUGGAAUCAAUCACAAUCAAUCAGUCAAUAUCAUUGACGAUGUAUUCCCCUGAACAAUGAGCACUGAACUAAAACAAACCCAACAGGUAUUGCGCUUUUGUCAGCAGAUAAAACAUUUGGCGCAACAGGAGAGGAGACUUUUGUGGUCUUGGUCCAUGAAACAACUUUCUUAACAUGGCAAUUAUAGGACAGCAAGCCUAUCAAAGGCCUCUCAAGAACUUAUGUAAAAUGCAAACAUUUGCUAAUUGCUAUUGUAAGGUUUAUCACUCAGUGAUAGAAAAAUACGGUCUCUAGAACAGUAACCAAACUUUGCAUACAGGCAAAACCGGAGUGGAAACAAACUCACACAUCCCAAUCCAAAAAUAUUAGAUAUUAUCGGGCCUAUUCAUAAUGUUAUCCAAUUUAUUGGGAUGACGUCAUAAUUCCUAUUAUCGUGCACCUCUAUUUUUGGGUUGAAAAUUCUUGUAAAUAAAUGCUUAAAUCGCGGAAUUUCUACAGCUAUGAACGUAAAACGGGAAGUUAUCAUUCAUUUUACAUAAGUAUUUCAAACAAAAGUUACGGUAUUGUGUAAUCCAACAUGGCGGGCGUCACGAAACAGACCUUUUUAAGUUGAAAAUUCUUGUAAAUAAAUGCUUAAAUCGCAGAAUUUCUAUGGAUACAGUCUAGAUUCUUGGUUAAAAGCAAAAACGGGCAGUUAUCGUUCAUUUUAUGCAAAUAUUUCAAGCAAAAGUUACGGUAUUGUGUAAUCCAACAUGACGGCCGUCAUGAAACAAAGAGCUUUAAUGCUUGAAUUGAUUUGAACGUAAAACAGUCUAGAUUCUAGGUUAAAAGCAAAAAAAAAAAAAAAAAAAAAAAAAAGGGCAGUUAUUCAUUUUACAGAAAUAUUUCAAGCCAAAGGGACACAAAAUUUUUUAUUUUUUUUUCCACAAUGUUUCAAAGUGCUUGCAUGGUGCUAUGUAAUAUAAUAAUUAACUCUAAUCCUUGACCAAAUCCCUCCUGAGACACUCUUGGCUGCUUGUAUGCAGAAAAAGUUUUGUCCUUUUUCCACCUAAAUCUGGCGUUUGAACGCAGUAUGUGUUCGAGUUUAUCACAGUGAAAGUCAAAUGCUCUGCCCCUGGUCGACCCCCAACGGAAAUGCGUGGUGCAAUGUCUGUGGGAGCUGUCUUGUCAACUGAUAGUGGAGUCAAUGAAUUACAUAUCUUAUUUAAAAUUAGUUUUUUCAUUUCAAUGUUGGCAUUUUCCAACCAAUUUAUUCCAGAAAAAAACCCCAUCAAUUGAGGUAGUAUUUUCUGUUGUCUUACGGCUAGUAACACUCCCUUGAAAGUGUUUUUUAUCAUGAAUAGAAACUUGAACGUGAACGCAAGCUAUGAUGUCAAUAUUAAUGCCGUAUGUUUGAAAUGCCAAACUAAAGUGAUGUAACUUUUCUGUUGUUGUACUGUGGAAGUUUUGCAAACCAAUGAAAUCAGGUUUAUGUUGUAAGACCAAUCAUGCUCAGCAAAGGGACAGCACACGUGGAAAUUAAGAGCCCUAGCAACAAGGGAUUUUUCAAAGCCUAUACCUCCGUGAGGCAAUAUGACGUCAAAAUACGACUUUAGUUUAGAAGCGAGACAUUCAAGGAAAGGUCAAAUGGGAAUGUACAAUUUAAUAACCUAUGAAAUGGCUUGUACUGUUAACGCACUAGAAAAAAAACAUUCAGGAAAACCUAUCUCGAAGAAUUCUGCCUGUCAAGGGAAAAUAUUUUUGCACUUUUAACGUGAUGUCGGACGUUCCUAAGAGAGAAAUGAAGCGAUCCAAACUGUGUGGAAUGUCAACUCCAGGAGGAAAAAAAAAGAACAAGUAUUAGUGUUGUAGCCCUGUGUGUCUGGCUUGUUGUAUUCACAAGGACUGGGAGUGUGACCAAAUGUGUACUUAGCAGGAAAAAAAAAGUGAAUGGCUCACAGUCACCUCGAAAUAAAAGGAUCUGGAUCAACUUCGGACAUUAAUGGGACCGAAAAAGGAAACAAGUUACUCGAAAAAGAAUUGAAUGUGUUCAUGACAAUGUUGCAUCGUGUAAGUUUGAUACCAUUUUGUAUUAUUGAUAUGGAAAUGUAUGUUGCUUUUCUUUCUUUUUUCUUAAAUACAAUAAUUUAUCAAUGUACGUUACCUCAGCGUGUUCCAGACCUGGACAAAACACAACAACAAAAAGAAAACAUCCCCCCAACUUGGCUCGGUAGCCAUUUGAACAUUUUUUCCAAUUUAUUUUCAUUGGCAGAUCAGAUCUAUGAGUCAAUGCAAUUACAUACUGCUUCAGUAUUUUGGCACGGAUGUCCGUCAUGCUAAGCUACGCUUGAUUUCUAGCUCAGCAUUUUUUUUUUUUUUGCUGUGCUAAGCACCUUUUUUUCCCUCUUAGCUCUCUAAUGCUACCCUAAUGUAUGUUCAGCAGGUUUCUUGUUUUGAUACUGUUAAGGAACCAUUUUUUCAACCUUAUGCUGUUAUUUAGAAAAGCCCACCCCUUGUACUAUGAUUAAAAACAUCAGUUUUCCUAGCAACUUUUUUUUAAGAGCUUAUGUGCCGAACAACUGUUUGCCUUGAUGCUCAGCGAUCUUGCAAUUUAAAUAAUACAGUGGUACCUCGACAUACGAUCCUUUCGACAUAAAAUUUGACUCGUCAUUUGUCUCGACAUAUGUCAACAUGCUCAAAAUACAAUUUACUACAGCGUCGCAAUUUCAUUGUUUUCCCCAAGAUGGCAGCAGGCCAGAUUUUCUUGUAAGAUGAAUCAACAUGGGUUCUAAGAAGGUUAGUGCAGGUGGUGAAAAAAAGUAUUAAAAGUAUUAAAUUAGCUGUUGUAAGUCUGGAAUUUUUUCACCGUGGUCUUAAUUUUCAAGAACAUCUCAGUGCAACCUAAAAUUAUAUCCGUGACAAAGUUUUUUUUUAAUCCAUAACGAAGAUGACGCAUAGAAUUUUUACGAUGCACUGCACUACAAAUCGAAAUGCAACUCGUGCGUGCCAAACCACCACAACCGGCAAAACGGAGAAUCCACCCACCUCUGCAUUGGGAAUGCGUCCGUUUGUCGGUGGAACGAAAACCCUGCAGGCAGAAGUAUUGUGGAUUCUGAACACCAAAACAGACCACCAUUCAUAUACUUCAAAUGAGUCCAUUGGUGAUCUGUUUCGGAUAUUAUGUCAUUUUUGGUCGGCAUCCGCUGUCACAAUGUUGGUCAUAUUGCGUUUUGUUCCAGAGGGAGCGUUCCCGAUGUCGUAACUGUCUUUUGUAACGAAUUUUCAGUUGGCAGGGGAAAAAAAAAGCACAUUUUCUUAAUGUUUAAUCGUCUACAUAUUUUUAUGAUCAUUAUAAAUGCAUUUACACAAUGAAAUAUCUCUGGAAAAGUUUGUUGAACAUAAUGUUGGUCAAAUCGUUUUUUUUUUUCCCGGAGGGAGCAUUCCCGACUUCGCAACUGCAGCCAAUUUAAGCUCAUCAAGAAUUUAAGAUAGAGGUAAAAUCGGGCCUAAAAAAUCCAGCCCGACCCGAACUGGUCCGUGGGUAUUAAAGCCCGACCUGUGUUUUGUGUGUUAACAUUUGUGACGAUGUCUGCAUAAAAGCUUUUGUAACGAAUUCUCAGUUGGCAGGAAAAAAAAAAAAAUAGACUACAUAUUUUUAUGAUCAUUAUAGAUUUAUUUACACAACGAAAUUACGCUGGAAAAGUUUGUUAAAUAUAAAUAAACAUGCGGUUUUGCGGACGUGCAGAGGGGAAGAUUAAAAAGGGCAUAUAGGCACGCUCUAGCUCUGCAAUGACCAUACAGCGCCUUCUUUGUUUUUUAUCCAAACUAUUUAUUUUAUAACAAGUAUUCCUUAGUUUAUCAUUCAUACAUCGUUAAUAUAUAGUUAUUUCAAAAAGUUAGCGAGAAAGAACCCUGGCCCGGCCCGACGUAGUAAUUGACAUUUUAAUUUUGGUCAUGUUUUCAGUUUAAUUUAGCUGUUUCCAGCUUGCUAUGUUUAUAAUUGCGAUGUUUGUUUACCGCUUUUCCUCUUACUGCGAAGAGGGAGGAAGUUACAUCGGCCGCCGCUAUGAUAUUUAAGUGAUCAGCCAUCUGCUGUGACCCGGGAAUUUAACGGCUGCUUUCACGCACACUGCUUCCAAUGUUAGUUGACACAGGAAAUUGUUUUCACACACAACUGCUGCACGGUUAAGUCCCGCGAUAUUCCCGUUGUUUUGAAGUAUGUGAUAGGGGCUCAAGUUACAUCCAGAUACUUUAGGUUGCAGUUUAUGGGUCACGCGAAGGCAGUGGACCUGCUUAAACAUUUCGAUUUGCCUUUCGAAUGAAUGUGAAUUUCGCCAUUUUAACUCCAGAGUUAGCCAUGUUCACUGGGGUCUUGGCAGGUGCACUAGCGGCUAGCCUGUUACAGAAGAUGGCUGAUCUGACUCCUGUCCUCCUCCUCUUUUUGUCCAUAAUUAUUGUGUGCGUGUGUGUGUUUAAAUAUAAUUCUGACAGACUUUACAAUGUUACUUUAAAUGUGUUUUAAUUGUAUCUUCAAUAUAUGUGCAUUCUUUUGUCAAACACUCUUAGUAAUUGAGGUUAAAUUUGAUGUUCAGUGCUUUAUUUAUUUAAUAUGAUGCAAUAUGAUCUAUAUAAUGGGUGCAAGAAGAGUAUUAGUUUUCAGUUGAAAUGGCAUUAAAAAAGUCUUGAAUUUAGAUUUAUCAAUUCUGGGGGGACCCUGAAAAAGGUGACGCUUACUACUGAAAUGAACUCAUUCACUCCCAGCCAUUUUCACCGGUGUUCGGCCAUUCCUUACUACGCGGCGAAACGUCCUACACAAUGCUCAGCGCGCUUGGCGUGCGCACAUCGGUUAGAAGUGGCGAGUACUCACUAUUUUUGUUUUUAUUUAGUUAUUUAGAACCUUUUCACUGCCUCAAAGAUACUUUUUGCAUGUAUUACCCUCUCAUAUUUUUAACCAUUGUGUUUUUUUUUGUGUUCGCUUUGAAGCAGUUGACCACAUUAGUCACGUAGCGUAUUUAAAACGUCCUUAUUUGAUAGAACUAUAUUUAAAUAUUUUCUGCAGGCAUUUUUUUUGUAAGUUAUUCCUGUAUGCGUUUAAACAAAACAAGUUUAGAGCGCACGGUAGUACUUUGAGUGUCAAAUUCGACUAAUGUAGGACAUCUCGCCGAUGUAGGAUAUGAUAUGUAGGAUAGGCAGAACACCGGUGCAACCCCCUUCGGUCCUGGCCGUUUUAUUGGAUUUUGACUGAUUUUGCAAGGCCCACAGAAAAUUCUGUUCUAUUGCUAUAUAAACAUGGAAGCCACCAAAAGAAAGAUUACUCUCUUCUUUCAGCAGGAAUAAAAGUUAGUUCAUAUAUUUUUCCAUUCUUUAGAAAUCAGCAUUAGAAAAUAGCUUAGUUUGAGCAAUUUUCCAAUUUCUGAUGGAAAAAGAGACAUUGAGCUUUUUGUGAAAGCAUACAUUUCAAACAUAACUUUUGACUUUAACACAGCUUUUUUUUGCUUUAGUUACGUCCCAAACAUCUGAAUGUUUUCCUUUUACAAAUAACAAACAACAAGACAAAUAGAGCUUUUGAUAGCAAGGUAACACUUUAUUUACACAUAACUAACUGAGAGAUGACGCUAUCGCGACAGCCGGGGUAAACUUUUCCCUCAUUACCGCCUGUCUCUGCUCGGCGAGCAGCACGUACUCAAUGGCAUCGUCCGCUGCACUGGUGGUCCCGGUCGUUCUGCUCGGUCGUCCAGCGCCUAGCAUCCCGGGCGUCCUCCCGGUUGUUCUGCUCGGUCGUCCGCCGCCUGGAAUCCCGGACGUCCAUUCAGUCGUCUUCCGCCGGCGCCCCGGCCGUGCGGCCAGCCGUUCGUUCCGUUGAAUCGGGUUGUAGGUCUUACCAAAUGCGUUACUGCCCUCCAGUGGCCAGUUUUAUUGCUUUAAAAAAGAUUUUCAGCGUUGUGCUUUGGAGCUAAGUUGAAUCAGGACCCUGAGAUGUCGCUUGUGAAAAAAAACGUAAUGUCUUUGGGACACUGAAACAAUUAAAAAUAGAACGUAUUUAUACUUUUUUAGGAGCAAGUGAGUUAAGAAGAUCUCGAAGGUCCUCCUCAGUCCUCCAUUCGCCAGUCUUUAUAAGUUAAGGUGACGAUUAUUAUUGUAACAUCAGCAAGGAGGUCGCUAGCUCCGUCAGGUUUUUAAUCAUUUAUUUCAGGACUUGUGCAAUGCAACCUGGCUACUGUCUGCCGUAGCUGACGCCAACAACAACAGAACAUGAAUAGUGAAGGUAAAAACUCUUAACGCACCUCUCUCUCGUCAGUCUGUUCAGGAACAGUAUGCAAAACACAACCGCCACAUUAUAACCAGAUUCGAUAGAUUAUUAUUAUUAUUCCUAUUUGUAUUAAUAAUGUAUUUGUUUUGCUAUGUGUAAUUGGUAUAUGUAAUUGUACCUGCAGCAUUGAUGAAGGAUUUAGCUUACGUAGGUUUUGGGGCUGUGGAACGAAUUCAUCAAAUUAUAAUGUAUUCUUAUGGGAAAAUCUUGCUUUUGACAUACGACCAUUUCGACUUACAACCCAGGUCCUGGAACGAAUUAAAAUCACAUGUAGAGGUACCACUGUACUAAUCUUAAAAUGUUAAUAGGGUUCUGGACCCUAGGUUGAGUUAAACAAGUUCUGGCCAAUUACGGGCUAAAAAGGUUUGAGAUUACCUUUUUUGUUCUAUCAAAACUUAAGGGGCGCCAUUGAAACUCAAAUGGAUUGGACAUCAAUUGCUGUAAAUGGCAUGUAACGAUGAAAAACAACAACAACAAAAACAA